UUAACACAUUUUCUUAAUUUGACUCGUAAAACCUUUCAUCGUCGUGGGAAUGUCGUUUUAUUAUUACUGUUAUGCAAGACCUCCAUUGAAAACCUUAUGCUAUUUACAGACUACAGAUAUGUGUAUCUUAUCUUAGCAUAAUUAUUAUCAUUCAAUUUGAAGAAUAAAACGUUUGGACACUCGGUGAAGUGUUCGGAUCACCUCUUUCAGUAACAGUGCUGUGCUCCUCAUUCUGUGAGACAAGCCUUCCUGGGUGACCUCAAUUUGGUCAGAAGUGCAAAAGUAACCAUGAGAUGAAGAUACGGAAAGUCGCGGAAGAAAAAUCUGCCGACUGUCUCCAAGUGAACCCAGUUGUUUCAUCUAAAUCCCUUGAUCGACACAUAACUAAAUAAUGAAGUGAUAUUUUCAUUUAAAUCUACACAAACAAGCUCAAAACCGUGCCAUUCUCUCCGUUGCUGACAGGCCAUAAUAUUUUAUAUCGGGUCAUUCUGCAAACAUAGCUUUCAGGCUUAUUCAAAGAGUUCGAUAGUAUUUCCGAAUAAAAUAAGAUCUCGUCUUUCACCGGCUACGACACGUAACAUUUCUGAGCACAAAAUGAGUUCUUGGAAGAUGAGCAACGGCCCUCGCCCGGACACUGACCACAGUUGCAGGAACAUCGUUUGGCUCCUGGUAGCUGCACUGAUGUGUCUGCCGCUGCUGGAGGCUGUUCACCCAUUCUCGUACUACGUCAACCACGCGAGAAAAGGAUAUGGUCGCAACAUUCAGCCUCUGCCUUGCGCAACUAAAAAAGGAGACACCGGCGUGUGCAUGUUUGCUUGGGACUGCAUGAAGGCUAACGGAACUCAUCUAGGCACUUGCAUUGAAAGGUUUUACUUCGGUUCAUGUUGCAAAUUGAAACCAGGCGCUCAGAGACCUGUGCACACGCCGAUGAAAACUGACAUCAUUGUUUUGGCGACGACCAGUGAACCGGAGACCACUGACACCGAUGUUACUGUACCUCCACAAUCUGUUACCGGAAGUAAUUUGCUGGGAAUGGUUAGUGGUCAAAUUGACAUCGGUUCAAAUAUUCCCGAGACCAGCUCACUUUCUCCAGUUAUAUCAGAUACAAGUGAUGUCGAGGAAGCAUUAGGUGUUGGUCAAGCAGCCCUUCCAGUAUUUCCUUCAGAAGCCCAAGAAACGGGAACGCACCCCCAGAGCCCUUCGAAAUUAGACAUGGAAGCCAUAGAACAGCAAAUGGUCAAAGAGGAUGAAAUUAAUCACGUAACAACUGCUGAAGAAAAUUAUUUAAAUGGCACAAACGUAUCUACAAACGAUCAAACUUCCGCAACGGUUGCUGACACGCAGAGUUUCACUGAAAAAGAUCCAACUUAUUUGACGUCGGGAGAAGCUCAAAGCACCGUGACCGAAGCUUUUGGUGCUGCUCAAACCCCAGCUGUGACUGAGCAAACUGAAGCGUCAUCUGAUAAUGACCAGGAGAAUGCCAAUGUGAUUGUCGGCAAUCUAGAACAAGAUUCUCUGGUGAAUCAAGAGAAAGACGGUGCUGCAGAUGACAAGGAAAAAGUUUCCACUGCAGGUGAACAGAUAAUUACUAGCCAUGAGGUGUCACAUGGCGCGGAUGAUCAAAAUAAAGUCACCGAAGUCACAAGUCGCCCAAGUCAAGACUCUGAUGGCCAACUAACUUCAGUUGGAGUUACAAAUGUAACUUCUGUUGAAUUUGAGGAUGAAACAUUAGCGACUGAAGCUCCUGUUGAGGCGUCACAAUCAACCCACGAACUAACUAUUCCAGAAAAUGAGGAGUCUUCGUUUACGCCGGCUGAGGAAAGCAGUGAUGGAAACUCAUUGACAUCUGUCGUCCCAGGAACUCAAGUUACCGAGGCUCCCUCCGACAGCGGCUUUCCAUCUUCAAGUGACAAGGAGGAAGUGAGUUCACCAGAAGUUACUGAAUCUAGCAUUACAGGAACUGAUUCUACAUUAUAUUUAGAAAUUAGCACUGAAACGUCAGUUUCAAUUGAUGGCUCUUCUCCAGUCAGUUCUUCCAAGCCCGUUGACGAAAAUGGAUCGAAAUUGCAAACUUCAGAGACAGAACUUAGCAAACCACAAACUUCUGAAGUUGAUGAAAUCGCUCAAUCUACUGACGAGACUGACGUACAAGAUACUACAACCGAAUCACAACAGACGGAAAGUACGUUUGUAACAGAGACAGGUUUCACCCAAAGUGGGUCUGACUCUGGAUCACAAAGCGAUAGUGAUGAUUCAUCCUCUAAGAACCAUACUGUGGGUGCUGGUUCUGCCACUUCAGUUCCAGAAAGUGCCGGGAGCCAAAUUGUGGCAGAAAAUGAAAUUAAUGUCGGUGAAAAUUCUAUUUCCAGCGCCGUUGCUCCAGCCGAUGCCAUUGAAGGUGGAACUACUGGAGACGAUAAAGAAAGUGCAAGCAUCAGUGAUGGAGUCCCAAGUGUUGGUGAUAAGGAAGCUGGUGCUAGUGAAGUAAUUGCCGGAGUCGAUGAUGAAGCUGACAGUGUUGCUGGUGGAUCUGCUGGUAUAGAUACAAAUGUUCCUAGUAGUAGUGUUCCUGAGGACACGGCUAGCGAAACUGAUCAAAUGGUAAUAUCAGUUACGUCUGAGCCAGAAAGUGGAACAGAAACGCCAGAUGACAUUGCUCUAAUCAAUGCGAGUGAAGCAUCACCAAGUGAAAGUUUAACAGGAGAUACAAGUACAGAUUCUUCUUCAUCUAUUGACAAUACUAUUGUUCCUGGAAUACAAAUAGUGCCUGCGUCUAUCGGUCUUACGAAUGAAACUAUUUCAAUUGAUUCUCCUAUAGAAAGUAAUGACGAGGCUUCUGAGAGUAGCGUGACUCAAGAUGAAACUUCUGGAAAUGAUUCAACCACAACUAUACCAGAAGUAGCGACUGUUGUAGACUUUGUGCCUGCGGUACCCAGCAGCGGCGAAACGCCCACGACUGAAUCCAGCCCCGUUGAGGGGGAACCUAGCGACGUACAAUCAACUGGUUCCGAAGUUUCAGAUCCUGAUGAAACUGGAACUGUGGUUGUUGGAAUUGAUGCUCAGCUCCCGAAUAGAACUCAGCAAAAACCCUCGUUCGAAACUCAAGAAGACCAAUUAUUGCAUCGGUUGAACACUUCGUCAUUUAGAGAAAUUUGUGGGCAGCCAGUGUACCCCAGUCGGCGAAUCGUAGGCGGAUCUCAGGCCAGCUUCGGUGAGUGGCCGUGGCAAGUGUCGCUGCGUCAGUGGCGUUCCGUCACGUACUUGCACAAAUGCGGCGCUGCGCUCGUCAACGAAAACUGGGCCAUCACUGCAGCGCACUGUGUCGAGAACGUUCAGCCUGAUCAGCUGCUCCUGCGACUGGGCGAGUUCGACCUGGAGCGCGCGGACGAGCCCUACGGUCACGUCGAGCGCAAAGUCCAAAUCAUAGCCACACAUCCACAAUUCGAUCCCAGGACGUUCGAAUACGACUUGGCUCUACUCAGAUUUAAUGAGCCUGUGAGCUUCCAGCCGAACAUAAUUCCGAUCUGCAUCCCUGACGACGACUACGACUUCAUUGGCGACACUGGCUUCGUGUCAGGCUGGGGACGCCUCUAUGAAGCUGGACCUCUUCACGCAAAGUUGCAAGCCGUGGCAGUUCCUGUGCUAGAAAAUCAGGAGUGUUCGAGAAUGUUCUUACGGUCGUUCGCCAUGGUUUCCGUGCCUGACAUUAUGAUGUGCGCAGGAUAUGAUACAGGCAAAAUGGAUGCGUGUGAGGGCGACUCAGGCGGACCGCUUGUGAUCCAGCACAAGGACUCCUGGAAGCUAGCGGGCGUUAUCUCCUGGGGCAUCGGCUGUGCGCUACCCAACCAACCCGGCGUCUAUACCAGAAUAUCUGCAUUCAGAGAAUGGAUCAAUAAAAUUAUUGUAUUUUAGCACCAAGUUGUUGAUAUUAGCAACAUGUUAGAAGAAGUGAUAAAGUUUGGUAAAAAAUAAUAACUCAGGCAAUUCCUACCGGCUAUGGCAUGGCGUUAACCUUCACUUGUUUUACUAGCCGGUCAAUCCUUGCCUGUCAGAAAUUUUGUUUUAACUUUUCGUUUAUUUAUUUAUAUUAUAAUAUAACCCUAAUCAAUGGAGCUAUUGAGAUACUGUCCCCUCGGUAAUAACUGCUGGAUAACAACUUAUAUUAGACCUAAAAAUCAUCUAAGAGUCUUCCUCCUUUUUCAUCCUCUAUUGCCAAUCUUAUUAUCCAUUUUUUAUUUAUUGUUACUGAUUUUAGAUGGAUCAACUUUGUUAUGUGCUAUUUAUUUAAUUUAUGUGUUGAAUCAGGAAGAUAGAUUGUAAGCUGGCUUGCACUCAUUUGAAGCCAGAAAAAAUUUACAAGAAAAUGUAAAUAUGCAGUAGAAUUCAUAGCGUUCUAGAUAGUUACCGCAUUUUUAAUUAAUGAUGAUUCCAUUACAUGGUGUCUCGACUAUUUAUUUUAUUUAUUUCGUGCUGUUAUAGAUAACUUGAAUCUCGCAUUUCCAACUUCACUACAGGAAGUUACUCCCAUAUAAAAUUCCAUUGAAAACUCUUCAUUGGAAUUUCGAUUUUUUGUCUAUUCAUGUAAAUCGAACGAAUUUUAUUGGUUCCUCAUAAAGCACGAAUGCCUAACAAAAGUUAGAACUCGCAUUUCAAUUCCAUUAUAUUUCAUCGUUAUCAUUGCAAUGCAUUUUGUGCUACAAUUUAGGGUGUUACCAUUGAGACUUGAGUUCACAACUUAUGAUUUUAUUUUCUUUGUUGCAUAAUUAUUUCUUCAGCAGAUAACUUUAGAUUGAAUGUGGCAUGCCUCUAUUUAUUUCAGGGCUAUAGUAUUAUGAACAACUUCUGUUCAACGUUGAUUAUGAAAUGGCAUUGGAUACUAACUCCUUCGUCAAGUCUGUUGAUUGUUUUAUUUGAGUGUGAACACUUGGGCACUAAGAGGUAACUCUGCAUUUGUUUUUAGUCUUUGUUAUUUAAUACUUAUUGCCUCAUCUAAAUUCAUUUCUACUUCCUGCCAUUGAGAGAGAGUUCUUUCACAAAUGAAGCGUUUAAACCAUAUUUUGUUUUAUUCAUGACAACCCAAAAUCAAACUCGUAAUCAAACAUGGCAGGUAAAUUUCACGGAUAAUUACACUCUCUGAGGGAUUCGGUAAUGAAAAAGAUGUAAAUCUCACCACAUUUUUUGUUCCAUAAUAUUAUUGAGUUCAUGAGAUUUUAUAUUAUUGAUAGUUUUUGUUCGAAUUGGUUGGCCAUUCCACUUGUAUUUUGUUAUACCCGAUUUUUAGAUAUCUUUGCUUAAAUUUACCGCGUGCUGAAGGUACUAAUUAGUAAUUACUAGCUUGAUUAUGGAGAAGAGGAUGGCAUGUUGUUAUCUUUCUCAGAUGGACCUUUAUGAUUUUAAGUCUUCCUUUUCAUACAUCUGUUGAUGAUGCGUUUGUUGUACAGCUUUUUAAAAUGUUAAAUAUUUUUUACCUAUAA